ACUGUCCAAUGAAAGCGCGCCCGAGUGGACAGUCAUCCUAUGUGGAGUUUCUCUCUCUCUUUCUCUCUUUCUUUCGCUCUCUCUCACUCCCCCCCUCUCCCCCCUUUUCUUUCUCACUGCUGCUCAUCCUCUUUACUGGACACUAGCACCAUGUCCAUAGCCAAGUUCCAGGCGGAGUGGAAGGAAAUCGACGAGGAGUAUCAACAAUUGCAGGAAACUCACAAACUGUACAGGCAAAAACUGGAGGAGCUGACCAAUCUUCAGCUCACAUGCAGCAGUGCCAUCGGAAAACAAAGGAAAUGUCUGAAAGACCUCCAAUGCAGUUUAACCAAAUGCGUGCAAGGCUGCGAUGAAAAACAGAAGCAAGUGGUCGCGGACAUCCAAACCCAAAUCAAAGAGAAAGAGAACGUAUUCUUUGACAUGGAAGCAUAUUUACCAAAGAAAAACGGAUUGUAUCUGAACUUGGUCCUGGGCAACGUGAACGUGACGCUCCUCAGCAACCAGGCCAAGUUCGCCUACAAGGACGAGUACGAAAAGUUCAAGCUAUACAUGACCAUUAUCCUCUUGUUGGGGGCCAUCACGUGCCUCUUUUUCCUCAACUAUCGCGUCACAGAUGAAAUUUUCAACUUUUUGCUGGUGUGGUACUAUUGCACAUUGACGAUAAGGGAAAGCAUCCUCAUGACCAACGGGUCCAGGAUUAAAGGCUGGUGGGUGUCUCACCAUUAUGUGUCCACCUUUCUGUCUGGUGUCAUGCUCACCUGGCCAGAGGGGCCCAUGUAUCAGAGGUUCCGAAAUCAGUUCCUGGCUUUCUCCAUCUAUCAGAGUUUUGUGCAGUUCCUCCAAUACUACUAUCAGAGUGGCUGCUUGUACAGGCUGCGAGCUUUGGGGGAGAGGAAUCAGCUGGACCUCACAGUGGAGGGAUUUCAGUCGUGGAUGUGGAGAGGCCUCACUUUUCUUUUGCCCUUCCUUUUUUUUCCAUUUCAGUUUUGGCAGCUGUAUAAUUCGGUGACCUUGUUUUCCUUGGCGGGACACGACGACUGCAAGGAGUGGCAGGUGUUCAUGCUGGCUCUUACAUUCCUGGUCCUGUUCCUGGGUAACUUCCUGACCACGUUAAAAGUGGUCCACCAAAAGGUGCACAACAAGCAGGACAAUGUGAAAAGAAGCGACUGAGACACUCCUCACACACUUGGAUUUUUUUUUUUUGGUCUUUUUGGGAAGUCAACAAACGGCCGGCCGGAUUUAGCACGCAGGCGUCUGUGGAUUCUCUCGCUCUUUCUCUCAGGUGUUGACGGCAGCACCCGCCCAUGCGCCGCGAGAUUUCAAGUCCCGGGCGCAGGUUCUCGCUGACGUCCACUUUGCUGCUCCAUCCUGUGCACGCAAACCACACAAUUGACUGUUUGUUGUGCACUAAUCUACGCAUAUGCAACUACGAGAGGGAUCCACUUUGCCUUUGGCGCGCACGAAGUUUGUCAUGUCCACUCUUUGUGGUUCGUUCGUGUGUUACUGCAGUUCCUGAUUUCGCACCUAGACCUAGAUCUACUAGACUGUCUCUUCCCAGAGAAUACAGUGAACCCCCACAUAUUUGCUUUUUUUUUGGGGGGGGGACAUAACUCGCAUAAACCUUAACAAUUUUUUUUAAUUUACUCGAUGCAUUUUUUUGUUAGGUUUUUUUUUUUUUUUUGUUUAUAAAUUUUGUUGGGGAUUAUUAUUUUUUCUCUCUGCACUAGGUCUCACUCCCUAUCAUAUAGAAGUUUAUUGCUGCCACAACGGAAAAAUCAUUAUCACAUUAAAACAGUUCGCGUUGUACUCUGAUAACUUGUCACGCUUUAACAUACUCAGAUAAGCUUUCCUUAUUGAAUUAAUUAGAAAUGCCUUAAAUUUCUUUCACCCCACGACCCACCCUCGCAACCAAGAUAGCCACGUUUUUUUUUUUUUGUAAUUUUUUAUUUAUGAGAAAAAUAGCACGACUCAAUGUUGUACUGAAUAACAAUAUAGAAUGUAAAAAAAAAUAUUUCGUUGACAGCUUCACUUAAAUAAAUGUCUCUGCAAAGUGAAAAAUGCAGCCUGGUGGCUGGAAUGUAUCCCAACGGGUCAUUGCGGGGUCGCUCAAUGAAUUUCGGCAUGAUUUCAAGCUUUAAUUUAAUGGGACAAUAUCCACUACCUCUUCUCAGCACUCGCUUAAACCCCAUGGUUAGAAACAAUAAAUUUGGCAAAAACAAUUAAAAAAAUAUAUAAAUAGCACAGAACAAGAGAUGCCUACAUGUACUUUUACUGCGAAAUAACCCUGUGAACUGACUGUGGCCGGAUGUUGUGAAAUUUGCUGUUGCCAUCUCGUGGCGGAGUGACCUGCCAGAAAAAAAAAAUUGGAAAAUAAGGUAUCACUGAAUGUUGAAGUUGAGGAACGUCAUUUAUAGUGAAGCUGUGCUUUGUCGCCAUCUUGUGGCAACUGUAGGUAAUUCUAACCCCUUUUCAGGGUUGCCACUCGCUAUCGGAUUUUUGUAUGUUUUGGAGGUUCACUGUACUCUACUUGUUCCUAAACAUUUCCAUCAAACUCAUUUCUGUGGACGCAAUGAAGGAUCUCGGACUUAACAAUUCAAUGUUCUUGGCACGAAUGACCUUUCAUGUGUUUCUGUUUUAAUUCUGCACAGGGGUUCACCACUUUGGACGUAUUAUUAUUUUGUCGUGUUGCACAAUUUGUUUUGUUUUUCUUUUUGGUAUCAAACGCCACCCCUUGUAGUGGCAGUAUUGUAAAACGCUGUCACAUACAGCCAGGACAAGGAAGGGACGACGCAAUUGAUUCUCAUAAUUGCAAUCAACAAAUUAAACAUUUCUAACUGAAAAAUCA